AUGAACUACCCUUCACCACGAACACCAGGAUCGACACCGAUCCACGAGUGGGAAUAUUCCCGCAUGUCUUCGGCCACGCCCACUCCGUCUCCUCGACCGAACUGGUUCGACUCGUCGACUCCGCGACGGCCCGCCACGCGAGUUGCUCACACGCGAGCCAGCAGCUACUCGCAGCAUGGUGGUCUCACUCCCCGGACGCACCUGGAGUCCCCGAGAUACAAUAGUUAUGGUGACUAUUGUACGGUAGAUGUGAGUGCCAAAGAUUUUUCGUCGUCGCGCCGCCACACGGCCCAAUAUCAGACUCCUCCCAGGCGCGAUCGCCGGCACUCGUAUACCUAUGUCCGGGCUUCCACUCCCUAUGGAGAAUCCGACGAGGACGAGAUUAUCGAGACUGUGGAUGGACGCACUUUCGUGCUCCUUGCCAAGUCACGGCCAAAGACUCGCCACACUCCGCAAUUUCCGAUAUACGAUGAGGGAUGGUACACUAAUCAGGGGGACCAUCCGCAGAGCUCUUCUUACUAUGCCGAUCCUAGCUAUGCGCGGGCUUCACCUUACGACUCUCCGCAGCCACAGCCAUCACCACAGACCCGGCCACCAACAAGCCACGGCCAUGCUCGCCGGUCAUCAGCCUCGGUUCCUCAACGGCCGUCAACCGUUCGGCCCAUGGCCACUAGUCAGCGAUCCAAGCCGCCGCCGUCAACUCCCAAGGCAACCGAAAACGACGCUCGUCGCCACCGCAUUCCGCAAGGGUACUCACUUAAGAAUUGGGACCCGCAGGAACAGCCCAUCCUAUUGUUGGGCAGUGUGUUCGACGCCAACAGUCUAGGUAAAUGGAUUUACGACUGGACUGUGUACCACGAAGGGUCUGACAAGCCCAUUGCUGACAUGGCCGGUGAUUUGUGGCUCCUACUGAUCAAGUUGUAUGGCAAGAUUAAGCGUGCAGAAGAGAUUGUCGGUCAGGUUCGCAGUGCCGAGAACCGAGAGUUAAUGAAUGAGUUCAUCGACGCAGGUGAGCGUCUCACAGACAAGUUGCGGGCACUCCUCAAGGCCUGUGAGGCUCCCAUGCUCAAGGCUGCUGCCAAGAAGAAGAGCUCAGGCUUGGGAAAGAACUCGGGCGUGGAGUUUGUCCUGACUCUGUUUGGCCGUGACAGAGAGCUCGCCAAGACGGAAAAACUCAUGCAGGGCAUCAGACUUUUCAACCUCCGAUUCGACGCAAACUGCCAGGACAUCAUCGACAAUCCUACCAUCUAG